AUGGCGGGCGUGAGCCGGAGCAUGGUGGCGCCGCUGCUGGUGCUGAACCUGGUGAUGUACAUCGUCGUCAUCGGGCUCGCCAGCUGGAACCUCAACCACUUCAUCAACGGCACCACAAACUACGCCGGCGUGGCCGGCAACGGCGCCACCUUCUACUUCCUCCUCUUCGCCAUCCUGGCCGGCGUCGUGGGCGCCGCCUCCAAGCUCGCCGGCGUGCACCACGUCCGCACCUGGCGCGGGGACAGCCUCGCCACCAGCGCCUCCUCGGCCCUCGUCGCCUGGGCCAUCACGGCGCUCGCCUUCGGCCUCGCGUGCAAGGAGAUCCACGUCGGCGGGCACCGCGGCUGGCGCCUCCGGGUGCUCGAGGCCUUCAUCAUCAUACUCGCCUUCACCCAGCUGCUCUACGUCAUGGCGCUCCACGCCGGGCUCUUCGGCGGCCAGUUCGGUGGCGCAGGUGCGUACGGCGCGGAACACCAGUACGGCGACCACCACCACAAGGGCAUGGGCACCGCCGCCCCCGCAACCGCCAGGGUCUGA